GUCGAAACUUUGAUUCAGAGGAUUCUACUUCUGAGUAGCUGUUGAGUAAGCACUGCUAAGAUAGCGGAGAUAAACCUGACCAGACGUUUUUAUGCUCCACAGUAAUUUAGCGAGUCGCUUGCAGGUGGUCAUGUCAACAGAGGUAGAUAAACUUUGUAGACAAAGCUUCCCUCGACUCAAAAGCCCUCGUAUAUCUCAAUCCCAGAAACACUUCAUCUCAAAACGCCCCAUCAAAGCCUCCCGGGAAAAAACCUCUCCCCAUUCCUCUCCCUCCAACCCCUAUCAUGCGCAACCACAACCUCAACCUCCACCCCCUCCGGCAACCUCACCUCUCCCCGUCCCAGCAACUUCCCAAUCCUCGCAAUCGUCCCCCUCGCAACCUCCGUAUCAACAUGCACACUCCUCAACCCCCCACACCCAUCAUCAUACAUCGCAACGCCCUGCUCACCCGUCAGAAUCCUCACGUCAUGACAGCAGUCCCCACCAAGAUACACCCAUUUUGUGGGCGAGAUACGAGCGAGGAGGUUGACGUGGCCGUAGAGAUGGCCGGGACUAUCGACUACGUAGACGCUGCCAUCACCGAAGAGGUCCAGCGUUGCGGGGAACUGUGCCAGGGGUUUCCAUUCGUGGUCUGUUUGCCUUUCCUUACUCACGGCAGUUAUUGAAUCUGCUUCAUCUACAGGAGGAAAUUCCCAUGUUCUAUCCUUAGGCAACUCAUCCUCAUUGAACAAGUCAGCAGGAUAUAGUGGUCCUCCUCCGUGCGCAAGAAGAUGCAACGUCCCGCUGCCAACGAGGAAUUUCGAGUUUGGGAAAUCAGAUGGCGUGCCAACGUGAUCCCAAUGGACGUGGCUGAGCAGCACGAUGUCAAUGUCCGUCGCGGGAUCUAAACCGCCUUUACGCAGGGAGUCAGCAGCGUCUGGGCUUGUGAUUGUGGGUUGGCGUUGGGCGGCGUGGUGUUGUUGCGCUGUGCGGUAGCCGGAGAAGUCGCGUUUUAGGCCGAGGUCGAAGACGAGGUUUGUCGUUUUGCUGGAGCGAGAUGACGAUGUUGAUGGAGAAGGAGAAGGAUGUUGAAUUAAGAAUGAGAGGGACGGGACGGUUGUGCGGAUUGUAGGAGAGGUAUCGGUUAUGAAGAGGUAUUCGGGGAGAGUCAAGUGGCCAGCAUCUAGGGCGGAGAUGGUAACGUAGGUUUGAUUUGGUGAUGGUGGUGGGAGCGCGAGGAUCUGUGGAUCUUGAGACUGAGACAUUGUGUUUGUUCUGUUGUUGGCUGCAAUGAUCUGAGAUAGAAUACCAUGGGAAAUAUUGACUUUUCGAGAACAUAUUCUCGAGCUGUUCCUGCAGUGGCUCCUGCUUCUGGGAACGUUAGGCGUUUGCGGGGUAGCCGUCGAUCAUAUCUUGGGGUAUCGACCCCGCUGUGGGGCUUGAGACUCCAAAAAGAAUCCCCGACUCCUUGACCGAGCACAGGAACGUAUCUCGAGAUGAAUUCCGGCGUUAUUGAUAUCUCAAUAGAAGUGAGUGAUUAGGCAACAUUUUGACAAGUUGACAAAUGCUGCCUUCAUGAUGGCUUCAACAGCAAGCCUACCAAUGUCCAUGAAGGCUCAAUUCUUAGAGGCAUUCAAAACACCUUACGUCCUACGAACAGUGCCACUACCCAAGCCCUCAUGUGCCCAUGACCUCCUGAUCAAAGUAGAUGCAGCGUCCUAUUGCCACACUGACGCCGUUCUAGCCGAUGGACAGAUGCCGCCAAACCCUCCAUCAUUCCCUCACAUCGGCUGCCACGAAUUUGCCGGAACGAUCGUCUCUUUACCACCAUCCCCAGCUUCGGAUUUCAGGAUAGGCGACAGAAUCGGAGUCCCAGGCCGUGCCUUCAAUCCUUGCGGAUCAUGCUUCGAAUGUCUCGAUGAGACCAUACCCGACUUCGAUCCAGCUGGCUACUCGGUCCUCUGCCCCAACUCAGGAAACAAUGGCCUGAGUCGGCCUGGCGGAUUUGCCGAAUAUGCAGUCGUUGAUGCUCGCCAGGUGGCUCCAAUACCAGCAUCUAUGACUGCGGUCGAAACUGCACCUUUGAUGUGUGCGGGUGUCACGAUAUAUUCUGCUUUGAAGCGAUGCCACCUCCAGCCUGGACAGCGAGUUGGCAUUGUUGGCUGUGGAGGAGGACUGGGACAUCUUGGACUACAAUUUGCGACGAAGAUGGGAUUCAGAGUUAUCGGUGUCGACUCGGCUGACGGUGCUUUGACGUUGGCUCAGGACUUGAACACGGGCGCGAGGAUCGUGGACGUACGUACGGUAACAGCGGAGCAGAUCGUUCAGGAGCUCGGCCAAGAAGAUAGAAAGAAAGAAGCUGGGGACAAGGGGCUUGACGCUGUCAUUAUUCUUCCAGAAAGCCAAAAGGCAUUCGAGUACGGAGUUCGACUUUUAAAGAACCACGGUCGGUGUGUUGUGGUGUCGUUUCCCGAAGCUGGCUUUCACUUCUCUGCUCGUGAUGUUGUCUUUCGCGAUAUUUCAAUCAUAGGGAGCCUUGUUGGAAGCAAUAGAUCUCUGCGAGAGAUGUUGGAAUUCGCAGCUGAGCACGACGUCAAAGCAGUGUUGAAGACCUACCCUCUUUCGGGUUUGAAUGACCUCGUAGCAGAGUAUCAUAAAGGAAGUGGGGGCAAGUUGGUCAUUGACAUGUCUCAGGAGAUGUGA